CGGCUGGUCACAGACAUUGACUGACCCCUCCUCUCUCUGUCUCUCUCUCUCUCUCUCUCGUUCUAUUUCAUCCUUUAGAUUCCCAUCCUCUUCUUCUUCCCCUCUUCCCCCCCCCCCGCCCCCCCCGCCUCUUGAUCGCGUUCCGUCGCUGGGUGCGCACACCUCGACCAGACCGCAGCCAUGGACUCGGUCGCAUUCGACAUCAACGAUGCGCUCAAGCAUUACAUGAGCGAUCCCGCCAGUAUUCCCACCCCGGAAGCUGAUGGCUCCCUCUUCGACUACGAAAAUGACCCCGAAGGCCUCACCGCCGCCGUCAUCAAUCCGGUUCUCAACCCCAUCGUUGACGCUGUCGCCGAGAACCCCGAGGCCAUCACACGCAGUGCCCAUCUCGACUCACUACAGUUCCUCCUCAAGUGCGCACCCAUCUCCCCUCAUCCUUCAGACCCCUCUCUUUUGUUGUCCUCCUUUCCGUCGUCUUCUGCUUCCACGUCCCCUAAUGAACGCCAUUCUGAGCUAUUCAACUCCUCUAGGUACACCGCCUUCCUCCCGCCACAGGUUCUUAGCAAGAUCUUCGACUUGAUCAUGUCAGGUCUGGCCGCCGAGGGCGAUGCGAUAAACCACGACCUCGAAUCUCCCGACGAACAAGAGACACUCGCCCACCACAAGCAGCUCCUCGAGAUCUACGGCUUCCUUCUCCAAUGGACCAUCGCUGCUGUCGAGACCAAGGCCGCCGAAAAGUCCUCAACAGCACCAGUCGCAAGAGGUCGCGGCAAGCCAAAGAAGAAUGCGCCCAGAGACAAGGACGGUGUAUGGGACUCGGCAACCCAGCUGCAGUCUGCUCUCGACAUCAUGAGCAAAGUCCUCAAGCUCAAGCUAACCAAGAUCUUCCUGACCACCUCCGAAAGAGACACCUUCAUCGGCCUAUUGACUCGUCCCGUUUACAUGGUCCUCGAGAGUGAACAGCGCGUCAAGAGCACGUCAAUCCGCAUGCACGCUUUCAAGGUCCUCUGCAUCGCUGUCAAGCACCACGGCCACGCAUACGCGGCCCAGAUCUCCAUCGUCCAAAACCUCACAUACUUCGAGCACCUUUCCGAGCCCAUGGCCGAGUUCCUCCACAUCCUCGCCGAGACCUACGACUACCCUCAGCUUGCCGAUGAGGUCCUUCGCGAACUCAGUAACAAGGAGUUCAACUCCAACGACACCAAGGGCCCCAAGUCCGUCUCUCAGUUCAUCGUCAAGCUCUCCGAGCUGGCCCCAAGACUGGUCAUCAAGCAAAUGACCAUGCUCGCAAAACAACUAGACAGCGAGUCUUACACACUGCGUUGCUCUCUCAUCGAGGUCUGCGGAAAUAUGGUUGCCCACUUAGUCAAGCAGGACGAGCGCGGCGAAAACCACAAGUCUCAGCUCAAUGCCUUCUUCGACGUCUUGGAAGAGCGAUUCCUCGAUAUCAACCCUUACUGCAGAUGCAGAGCCAUCCAAGUCUACGUCAAGUUGUGCGAUCUCGAACAGAAGUUCCCCAAACGACGACAACGCGCUGCGGAAAUGGCCUGCCGCAGCCUCGAGGACAAGAGCAGUCACGUCAGGAGGAAUGCCAUCAAGCUUCUGGGGGCUCUUAUCAAGACACAUCCCUUCACAGUCAUGCACGGCGCUCAGCUGUCCCGCAAGGAAUGGCAGGCACGUCUUGACAAGGUGGACGAGGAGCUGAAUGCGCUCAAGCCGCCCGAAGGCGCGCCAGGCCUCGGCGAAGGAGCUGACACCACUGUUGAUCAGCAGCUUCUCGACGAUGCGACGCAGAUUGAGCAGUCGCCCCAGAAGCCCGCACCCAUGUCCGACGAGCAAAAGUUCGAGGCGGUCCGCAAGGCCCGCGAGGAGGCCGCCACAUCCGAGGCCAUCGAGAAGCUUACUCUCACCAAGCGAUACUACUCUGAGGCUUUGAAGUUCAUCGACGUCCUUCACGAGGCUACUGGCACCGUUUGCCAGCUGCUGGGAUCACGCAACAAGAGCGAGGUCAUCGAGGCCAUGGAUUACUUCGAAGUUGGCGACGCCUACAACAUUGAGCAGAACAAGGUCGGCAUCCGACGCAUGUUGCGUCUCAUUUGGACCAAGGGCAACAGUGAUGAGGGCAAGGGCGUUCAGGGCCAUCUUAUCGAUGUCUACAAGCGUCUGUUCUUCGAGGCGCCCGACUCCUUCACUUCCAACGAUGCAGCCAACUUCAUCGCCCGCAACAUGAUCAGUUUGACCUUUGGCGCAACUCCCGCCGAGCUGACAUCAUUGGAGCAACUUCUCAGCACCAUGAUGAAGCAAGGCUUGGUCCCUGAAAUCGUUAUUGCCAAGCUUUGGCAGGUCUACGGCGUGCAGAAGCGCGAGAUUUCCAGGACACAACGCCGCGGCGCCAUCAUUGUGCUCGGUAUGCUGGCGACUGCCAACCCCGAGAUUGUUGUUGGAGAGAUGGAGACAAUGUUGCGCACUGGUUUGGGUUCCCAUGGCCGCGCUGAUCUUCAGCUGGCCAAGUACACUUGCAUUGCCCUUCGCCGCAUCAACCCGACUGGUCGCCAAGCAAAGGAGUCUGCCGUCAAGUUCUCUAGACUCCCGAAUGACCACGCCGUUUUGUCCAAGUUGGCUUCCAUCACCGAAGUCCCGUCCGAGAGCAAAGAGUGGUAUGGUGUUGCAGAGCAGGCAAUCAACGCGAUUUACGCCAUCUCCAAGCACCCCGACACGCUUUGCUCCGACAUUAUUCGUCACAAGACGAAGCAAGUUUUUGCUGCUCCCCGAUCGCGUUCAGCCUCGCAGACUAGCUCGCAGCCGAGCUCACGACCAGUCUCGCGAGACGAUGCUGACUCUGUUUCCGUUGACGAAGAUGGAAACGAGACUGUUGUUGCUCCGGCACCGCAGCCAAAGAAGCGGGAUGCCGCUGUCGGCCUGUCUCAGCUUCUCUUUAUCGUUGGCCAUGUUGCCAUCAAGCAGAUUGUGCACCUUGAACUCUGCGAGCUCGAUUUCAAGCGCCGUAAGCAGGAGCAGGAGAAGGAGAAGACCGCAGACAAGUCCACCGGCCAGGCGGGCAAGAAGGACGAGCCCGAUGACCUGGACUUGAUUGGUGGCACGACUGAGGAUGACUUCACCGAAGCCAUGGCGCAUAUUCGUGAGCGUGAGCUUCUGUUUGGCCCCGAGUCUCUGUUAGCACAGUUUGGGCCUCUGGUGUCUGAAGUCUGCGCCAACAACACCACAUAUGCCGACAAGGGACUGCAGGCCGCCGCAACCCUCUGUCUCGCCAAGCUUAUGUGUGUGAGCUCGGAGUACUGCGAGGCCAACCUCCCCCUCCUUAUCACCAUCAUGGAGCGUUCGGCCGAUGCGACAGUCCGUUCCAACGCCGUCAUCGCUCUCGGCGACAUGGCUGUGUGCUUCAACCACCUCAUCGACGAGAACACCGACUUCCUGUACCGUCGCCUGGCGGACAAGGACCAGUCUGUCAAGCGCACAUGCUUGAUGACGCUCACAUUCCUCAUUCUGGCCGGUCAAGUCAAGGUUAAGGGUCAGCUGGGCGAGAUGGCCAAGUGCCUAGAGGAUGAAGACCGUCGCAUUGCUGAUUUGGCGAGAAUGUUCUUCACGGAACUCAGCACCAAGGACAACGCCGUUUACAACCACUUUGUCGAUAUGUUCUCCCUGCUGUCUGCCGAGAAGGGCCUGGAGGAGGAGAGCUUCCGGAGAAUUAUUCGAUUCCUCCUGGGUUUCGUCGAGAAGGACAAGCACGCGAAGCAGCUGGCCGAGAAGCUUGCCGCCAGACUUACCCGCUGCGAGACCGAGCGCCAAUGGAACGACGUCGCCUUUGCUCUUGGGUUGUUGCAGCACAAGAACGAGGACAUUACCAAGACUGUCUCCGAGGGCUUCAGGGUUAUUCAGCUUCAGGCAUAACGGGAUGUGGACGAGAUGGUGCAAGCUGGCCUUGUGGCCGUGUAGUACUAAGGUCAUGGGUCGGCGUUGAUGGUUUUGCUGCUUCUGGUCGUCGGUUGGCUGUCUGACUUUGGGUAUACCACCGCAUGGAUGAUGAGACUUAAUGAUGCCGAUGAAUCGAUUUCUUAUUCGUUUUAAUUGCCUGUGAAGAAUGACUUGAUGGUGACUAUAUGUGGUUCUCGUGCCGACGUGUCUUUACGCCGGCGCUCGAUCUAAAUGUAUAUUCACGCUUGACUAAUAUUUCAAGCCAAUAAUCCUGCGCCAAGAGGUUC